UAGGAGGGGUUUACUACUUACGUGUGUAGACUCGUCGUUGCUGCUGCUUCCUCUGUUGCUGCGCCCAUCCGAGCCCAAACAGCAGACGACGCGCUAGCUUUGAAACAUUACCUUGCGUCACUUCCUAGUAGCUAUUGUCAACCACUGCUUGCUUUUCGUUCGCUCAAGAUGCUCCGUUUCCUCCGUUUACCAACGAAUGUAGCCCACACGGCGCUGCUGUGCCUGUGUCUCUCCGUCGCGCUCUCCCCGCCGCUCGCGGUGCGCGCGGCGGAGGACCCCGCGGCGUCGUCAAUAUCGGCGGCGCUGUCGGGCGCGUCGUCGGCGGCGCAGUCGUUCCGCGUGUCGCUGUUCAUGCUCAAAUCCACGGGGCUGCUCGCGAAGCUGCCCCCCCUCGCGCCGCUCACUCUCUUCGCGCCCACCGACGCCGCAUGGCGCGCCGCAUUCCACGCCAUCGCCCUGCCCUACGUCAGCGGCUACAUCCCCUACCCCGGCGGCGGCGGCUACGGAAUCGGCUUCGGCGGCGGCGUGAGCCCCGGAAGCCCAGGCAGUCCGUGCGGCAGUUCGGAUAGCACCCCUUGCCCCACUUCCAAGGGCGACAGCCCGGUUGCCCCCCCCGGUACCCCCGUUAGCAGCCCCGCGCAGCCGAUGCCUCAAUCCGUCCCCGGCGCCGCCGCUGCUGCCGGAGGCGCUAGCGGCGGAGUUAGCGCGGCGAUGGUUCCUGGCCUUCCUGACGUUCCUGAGUUGUCGCUGCCCGGAGUAAACAUUUCUCUGCCCGGCGGCCCCAACUUGACUAUCCCCGGCGUUCCCAGCAUUCCCGGUGUGCCCGGCGGUUCAGACGGUUGGAACGUGACGCUGCCCGAUUUCAAUUCGACCAUGCCCGACGCCAACUGGACCAUGCCCGAGGUCAACUGGACCAUGCCAGAUUUCAACUCGACCGUUCCCGGCGAUUUUAACCCCUUGAGUUUCGACCCGCUUCUCGCCGCGCUGAGCGCCGUGUUUGCCGGCGACGGGUCGCCCGCGUCGCUGGCGGCGCUGGCGAAGGAGCGGCCCGAGGCGCUGAAGGCGCUGGCGGACCUCCUCGCGUUUCACGUGGCCACGGCCGCGGCGCUCAACGCGGCGGCCAUCGCGGCGCAGUACGCGGAGGUUCCUGGCAACCUGACGACGCUGAACGGGCAGGGGCUGUGGAUUAACUACAACGCGAGCGAGAAGGCCGCGCUGCUCAACGCAUACUCGCCGGGGCAGCGCGCGCUGAUCAGCGAAGGCGUCAGCGUCGGCUAUGACGGAACCGUCUACUACCCGAACGGCACCGUCCUCGCCGCUAACGGAACUGUCAUCUUUGACAGCGCGACGAGCCCGAUAUCGGUGGACUCCGACGGAAACGUCUACUACGCCAACGGCACCAUCGUGAGCGCUAACGGAACGGUUGUUUCUAACGGCACCGCCCCCUACCCUGGUCAAACCGUCGACGACUACCCUCCCGACAUGACUAGCGAGGCAUGGGUGGACUCCGACGGGAACGUCCUCUACACGAACGGCACUGUGGUUAACGCUAACGGAACAGUCGUUUCUAACGGCACGCUGGAACCGUCCCUGGUCGAUCCCGUCCCCGCUGAACUGCCCCCCCUCCCCCCGGUGGACCCCAUUCCGGUGGACAUGGGGGGCGGGAUGGGGAGAAUGUGGGGAGGCGGAAUGGGGGGCGGAGCGGGAUGGGGGGCGGGCAUGGGGGGCCAGUGGGGCAACUGGAGCGCGGAGGCGCAGCAGCAGUGGUGGGGGAAGGUGGAGGCGUGGCUGGCGCAGGCCGUGCCCGGGCUGAACGUGAGCGCCGACGACUACCUCGCCUGGCUCAACGGGUCCUCGUACGGCUGGGCGGCAGGCUCCGGCAGCAUGUGGAAGCAGGCCGGCAGCGACAUGAACGUGGCGCGGGUGGUGCGGGCCGACCUGAUGGACAGCGCUGGGGUGGUGGUGCAUGGCGUGGAUGGGGUGCUCUUCCCGCACUUCAGGGACCUGCCUGUGUUCGACAAAGGGAAGGGGGGAGGGGUGCCCAUUUCAACACCCAUGCCUGUGCCUAUGCCCAUUAGCGUUCCGAUUAUGGCUCCCAAUGGGUCAGUUAGUGACGGUGGCAAUGGCACCACGAGUGGCACUGGCGCUGGUGCUACCAAUGGUACUGCCGAUGGGGCGCUUUCUGACCAAGAAGCAGGUGGUGCUGCUGGCAGUGCAGGCGUCACUGCUGGUGGCGGAGCAAGCAACACUAGCAGCAGCAGCAGCAGCAGCAGUGGCAGCAGUGCGGACAGUUCGGGGAAGAGCACACCGGGUGGGACUUCAGCUGCGGCUGCUGGGUCACCGCCUCCCAGUGGAUCCCAGGACAAGGCUGGCGCUGCUGGGUUGUCAGCAGCCUCGCUCACUACCGCCUCCUUAGUGGUUAUGGCCUUCUCGUUGGUUGCUCUCUUGUAGGGAAGACUCCACUUUGCCCAGGUUUGAACUUACAGCCUACCGUAGAAAAAUGGGUGAGGCUGGUACAAUAACUACGAGAGCUAGAAACCCGAAAUCCAAGCGAAUCAUCAAUAAAGCUCUUGCCAAGAAUUUCAUAUCGCGCUACUCCUGCUGCUCCGUCUACCCCCAGGCGCAAAACCCCCGCAGCCUUUUGUUGCGUUGAUAAUAGCCCUAGGAUCUUUUCAGAAUGCUAAGUCCUUGUAACAGAGUGCUUGAUUGUCAACUCAUACAUACAUUUGCAUGUAAAAGUUAAAGGCUAGAAUAGGUGUGUUCCUAGAGAGUACA